UUGCUUUCUAUCUCCUUCUACAAACCUUCAACUUUCCAAAACUCGUUAAAAAGAAAAUUUUAAAAGGAAAAAAAAAUGGAGAAUAUGUUUCGUUUGAUAGAUCAUGAUCAAGAAGUAACAAAUAACCGGUGCAUUUGGGUCAACGGACCGGUUAUCGUCGGAGCAGGACCGUCCGGUUUAGCAACAGCCGCUUGUCUCAAGGAACAAAACGUUCCUUUCGUUGUUCUCGAGAGAGCAGAUUGCAUCGCUUCCCUAUGGCAAAAAAGAACGUACGAUCGUCUCAAGCUUCACCUCCCCAAACAGUUCUGCCAAUUACCGAAAAUGCCCUUCCCGGAGAGCUUCCCUGAGUACCCUACGAAACGACAGUUCAUAGACUAUCUCGAGUCUUACGCCUCACGUUUCGAGAUAAACCCUAAGUUCAACGAGUGCGUGCAGACGGCUCGGUUCGAUGAGACGAGCGGGCUGUGGCGAGUCAAGACCGUGUCGGACGCCGAGUCGACUCGGACGGAGGUUGAGUAUAUUUGCCGGUGGCUUGUGGUGGCUACGGGAGAGAAUGCGGAGAGGGUGAUGCCGGAGAUUGAAGGUCUUUCUGAGUUUACCGGAGAGGUGGUUCACGCUUGUGAUUAUAAGUCCGGCGAGAAGUUCGCCGGGAAGAAAGUGUUGGUCGUUGGUUGUGGAAACUCCGGGAUGGAGGUUUCUCUUGAUUUAGCUAAUCAUCUCGCUAAGCCUUCUAUGGUCGUUAGAAGCUCCGUUCAUGUGAUGCCGAGAGAAAUAAUGGGGAAGUCUACUUUUGAGCUUGCAAUGAAGAUGCUGAAGUGGUUUCCUUUAUGGCUAGUGGACAAGAUAUUGUUGGUGUUGUGUUGGUUGGUGCUUGGAAAUAUUGAGAGAUACGGUUUGAAACGACCCGAGAUGGGUCCGAUGGAGCUGAAGAGCGCGAAAGGGAAGACGCCGGUUCUUGACAUCGGUGCUUUAGAGAAGAUCCGGUCGGGAAAGAUUGAUGUGGUUCCAGGAGUCAAAAGGUUUAAUGGAAACAGAGUUGAAUUCGUUAAUGGAGAGCUACUCGAUGUGGAAGCGGUUGUGCUCGCUACUGGUUAUCGUAGCAACGUCCCUUAUUGGUUACAGGAGAGUGAGUUCUUUGCAAAGAAUGGUUUCCCUAAAACAGCGAUUGGAAACAGCGGUUGGAAGGGAAGGACCGGGUUGUAUGCGGUUGGGUUUACUAGGAGAGGGCUCUCUGGUGCGUCUAUGGACGCGGUUAAUAUUGCACAAGAUAUAGGCUCUGUUUGGAAACUCGAAACAAAGCAACCCACAAAACGAUCAACGGCUACUCUCCGAAGAUGUAUCUCUCAACAAUUCUAAUUUUUAGGAGGAGGGUUAGAGUUUUAGGACAGAGAUAGAUUACAUCUUAGAGAAGCAAAGAAGAGAGCCAUCUCCUGAAGAAGACCCAAAGGGUGUUGUGUGUGUUUGUUUUUGUGUUACCUCCUCCACUUGUUGUUUUGGGCGUUUUGUGUAAACAGAGGGAUGAUGUGGCCUUUUGUGUUUUUUUUUUACAUUUUACAGUUUUAACUUUUUGGGAGGGUUAUUUGAUUUGUUUGUUUUCCUAAUUUGCAUAGUUUUGACAUCUA